AUGAUGACGGCGGCGGAGCUGGCGGCGUCCGGGUGGGCGGACAACGGGUCGCUGGGCUGGCCGCUGCAGGUCGUGCCGCGCGAUGUGCGCGACGACUUGGAUGUCCUCGCGAGCAUGGAGAAGCAGCAACGAGGUCUUCACGUAAAGACCACUCGCAGCGCCAUCCCGAUUCACGCGCCCGUGCAGCCCGCCACACCGCGCACUCCGCGCACUCCCCUCGCGCCGUCCCCGCGGGACUCAUUUCAGUCACCUCCGAUGGUACCCCGCCACCACAGCGGCCCGAUAGAGCCAUCCUCGUUACAGUCACCCAUUUAUUGUCACACACCGCAGCAGCUGAAGCGGGACCCGUUAGAACGACACAUGUCAGACGAGCCUACAGCCUCCCCCCGCCCCAGCUCCGCCAACUCCCCCCGGACAAGCGCGUCGGGGGGAAUCUCGGGACUGCUCGCAGGCCUGUACGUUCGGACGCCUGUUGCCGAGGCCGAUGCCGAGGCUCGGGGCAGCGCUGGCGGGUUAAUCGACAUGCUAUCCGGCCCCGUCACUCCCUCCGCCACGCCCUCCCGCCGCUUCCAGGCACAGCAGGAGCGCGAGUGGGACGAGCGCCAGCAGCGGCGGGAGCAGGAGCAGGCGGAGGCGGGGGGUUUGCCGUUUGAGAGCAUCGUCGCGGGCGCGAGAGACAGGCGCGCGCGGCAGCACGCGCGCAGCAGCAGCAGCAGCAGCGUUCUCUGCGGCGCCAGCGGCGGCGGAUUCAGCGGCGUGGGAGGGGCAGCUGUGGCGGAUUCGGGGGAGAUUUCCGUAAUCUCCGAGGGUUUCGGCCAGGACCAGCAGACGCAGCAAGGACAGGGAAAAUCAUCGGCGCCGCGGGCGAGUCCGCAAGAUGCGGCGUGGAAUCCGCAGGUCUCGGACGCGAGCCCGUGGGGCGGGCGCGGCGCGACGCCCUCCGAGCCGUCGAACACCGUGGAUCACUUGCCCUCGUUAGAAGCACUCUCGCGCUCGCCCAGGCGCGGCCGCGAGGGUUAUAACAACGGAGGCGAGGAGAGCAGUAGCGAGGACGAGGAGAGGUUCUACAAGGUUCCGGAUAUCACGGAGUACAGGAACAGGCGGCGGCAGAGCGCGGGGAGUGCGGCGUCACCGGCGAGUAAAAUCACGCACGAGUAUUUCCGUGGCGGCGGAGUUGACGUCUCCUUUGCGGACUUUCUAGCUGCGCGCGCCAGCGCUGCUGCCGCUGCUGGUGCUGGUGGCGGCGCGAAUGCUGGUGCUGCUGCUGGUGCUGUUGCCAGUGGCGAUGGUGGUGGUGGUGAUGGUUCCAAUUCCGCGGCAGUUACUAGCGCGAAUGAGGCUGAUGCAGGCGGGGAUGCAGCUGGUAGUGGCGUGGCGGGAGAUUGGCCCACUGAUACUUACCUGGCAACUGGCGCUGACGUGGCAACGGCCGACUGUGAGGCGGCCUCAGCUGGAGGGGAAGCGGGAAGAACAGUUGAGGGGGGUGAUGAAAGCAACGACUUCUAUGGUUCCGAUGCUGCUGGGGAUGGUGGUGCGCCGUCAAUUGCGGCUGGAGCUGCGGCGGCGGUUGCGGUGGGCGCAGUGGCGGCCCGCGGGAUGGCGGCCGGGGAGACGGCGGGAGCGGAUGACGGGGACGCGCGGGAAAGUACGCGGAAGCGCGGGGGAGGGCUUGGCGGAAGCUCGCGGAAGCACCGGGCGCGAUGGGGAUUGGCGGGAGGGAGGGAUGGGGACGGAGAGGAUGGCGCGGGACAGGCGGAAGAAGGCAAGGCGGAGUCGAGGCGGAGUCUGCGUGCACAGUGGAGCGCGCGGAGGUCAAGGCGCGGGAAGGGGGGAGCGCAUGACGGAAACGAGCGGGGGAAGGGGGCGGCAGGGGGCACGCGGGAGGACCAAGGGGGCUUGGAGGGUUCCGCCAUAGGGGGAGAUCAGGAUAUGGCGGGGGAGGAGGCGGAGGGGCGGAGGAGACAGGUCAACGAAGGGCAGGGGGAGAAUGAAUGGGGGGCUGCGGAGGUUGGGGGCCGAGGGGAAUGGUCAGGGGGCGCAGAAGGGUAUGGGACAGGGGAUGAGGGGGAAGAGGGGGUUAGGGAAAGAGGAGGGGAGAUGGAAGGGUGGGAAGAGAGGGGGGCCUAUGAGGACGAGCAGGGAAGGGCACAUGGAGAGUGGGGAGAAAAUGACAUGGGUGAGGGUGGGUAUGAAGAUGAUGGGGAUGAUGGGGAAGAUGUGGGAGAUGACAUGGCGGAGUGUGGGCAGGAUCUGGCGCGGUCUGGGCAUGGCAUGGCGCGGUGGCAGGAGCAGGAGCAGCAGGAGCAGGAGGGGGAAGAGCAGGAGGAGCAGGAGGAGGAGGGAAGUGCUACACGGGUGGUGUCAGGGAAGCGGAAGCGAGAGCAGGGAGUGGCGGAGGGGGAGGGGGAAGGUGAGAACGAGAGGGGAAGGGGAAAGGGGGAGCCCAGAGAGGAGGGUGUGAGGGACGAGGGUGAGGAAACAGGGCGUGGGUACGCGUAUGGCGCAGGGCGGGGAGAGUAUGGUGGAACGGGGGAGUAUGGAACGAGGGGGCAGUAUGGGGCGAGUGGGGAGGACGAUAUGGUGACGAUGGGCAUGUCAGCAGAAUGGGAUGGGGGCAUGGCUGCUGCUGCAGCUCUUAUGGCCUCUGGAGGUGCAUCGCUGGACGGCACUGCAUCAGUCUACACAGCCUCUGCUGCCAGUGCUGCUGCAUCUCCGCUACAAGCCUCUCCAUUACAAGCCUCUCCGUUACAAGGCUCCUCUCCCUCUCCAAGCAGCACUGCUGCAUUUGCCGACCUGUCUUCAACAAUGCCACCAGUGUUCCUCCCGCCUCCUGCUAUCCAGCAACCCGCACCACCACUCCCAACCGGCCCCCACCAAAUCGACGACUGUGACUGCGAGGAGGACCCUCUACCACUCACCUCUCUCCUCCGCGUCCACCACCCCCACCUGCUUCCCCCUGCUGCUUCUGCUGCUGCUGCUGCGCCCUACGCCCCUGCGCCCCCGCGCCCUCUCACACACGGGUUGUGGCGCAGAAACCACUCCGCCCUCACCACUGCCGCCCUCUCCUCCGCUGCUGCCGCUGCUGCUGCCUCUGCCGCUAACGCCUCUGCUGCUCCGGAUGCGCUGCUGCCUGUCCCUCGCUCCGUACUAAGCCGCACCAUCCGCCCUCCCUUUGCCUAUGCCGCUGCUGCUGCUCCUGCUGCCACCCACCCGCCUCCUCCUGCUGCUGAUACCGACCCAGCUGUUGCUUCAGGUGCUGGCGGUGAGGGAACGGAACCAGUUGCUACCGUUGCCUUCGCUGCAGCUCCCAACACCGUACAGCCACCAUUGAAAACAACAGCUGCUGACACCCCUGCUUCAGAGAAAACUACAAGGCUCACCGCGUUAGAGGAUUUUCAAGACUCACCUCACAAGCAAGCAUCUGUAGAGCUGACUCAAGAUCGCACCCCUGUGCCAUCAACAGGGGAGCAUUUUGACACCUCCCAGAAUGCGCCUGCUGCAUCUGUAGAGGCGGAUACAAGCACAGACGCUGCCAUUCCUCCACCUGACUUCUCUACAGUCACACCUCAGCAGCCCAGCGUAGCUUCGGUGCUCCCCAUCCUGGUUGCCUACGCCUCCCGACCCGGAGCCUUGGGCCGAGCCUCCAUGCUCUACCGCAUGCGCAGCGCAGGCAUUGCUGCCAUGCACGCUUCUUCGGCCAACCACGACGCGACAGCUGGCGAGGGGAUGGAGGCAGGGGCGGUGGCACAGGCGCUGGAACGAUUGGGGGAGUAUGGGGAAGGUGGGGGAGGGGGGAUGGGGGGAGGGGGAGGGGGAAGGGGGUUGGGAGAAGCAGGGGAUCAUGAGAUGUGGGAGUAUAGCGAGGAGGAUGCGAACGCAGCGGCAGCAGAGGCGUUAUCAGUGUUUGGGUUUCCUUUUUCUCUUGAGGGCUUUGCUCUGGGUGGUGGUGGGGAGGAGGAGGAAACGUUCUCCUUCCACACGGGCAGCGACGGCAGAAGUUCCAGCCAUGCUGACGUGGCAGUGGGUCCGGGUGACGAGGACGGUGAGCUGGAUGAGGUGGCAGUGGAGGCGAGUCUACGUCAGCUUGAGCUGGCACUGGAGCAAGGGCUGUUACCAGAUGAGGUGGAGGCAUUGAGAAGAGAGCUGGAAGCGCUGGUGGAGAGAGGGACACGGCGGGCGCGGAGAGGAAGAGGGGAAGAGGGUGGGGAGGAGAGUGGGGAGGCGGACAGGAGGCCUGUGGUUGGGGCGGGAGAAGUGGAGGGUUUAGGGGAGGGGGGUGUGAUGAGGAGAGAGGUGGAGAGGGAAAUGGGGGUGGGGGAAGAAGAGGGUGGAGACGAGAUGGGAGAGGGUGGUGAGGGGGAUGGGGUUGAGGUGGAGAGAGAGGGGAGUGGAGGUGAGCGGGGAGAGGAAGGGGAGAGUGAGGAGGGGGAGGGGGGAUUUGGAAUGGAGAUGGAGAGGGAUGUGACUCCGUACCAUGAAAUGGAGGGGGGCAGGGAGGGCAGGGAUAUGGGCAGGGAGGGUGGGGAGGUGGAGAGGGAGCGAGAAGGUGAGGUGGAGAGGGAUGUUACUCCAUACCAUGAGUUGGAGGGGGACAGAGAGGGCAAGGAGGGAGAGAUGGAGGCAGAGAGGGAGAGAGAAGAGGAGGAGGAGGUGGGAGUAGGGGAGACGGAAGGGGAGUCGGAGAGGGAGGGAGAAAGGGAGACGGAGAGGAAGGGAGAAAGGGAGACGGAGAGGGAGGGAGAAGAGGAGAUGGAGAGGGAGGAGGUGAGAGCAGGCGGUGAGUAUGGUGGAUAUGGUGGGGAUGACAGGGAAGGUGCGGAAGGGUUGCAGAGUGUGAAGGGAACGGCUGGUGAGAUGGAUGAGGGGGUUGAAAUGGGUGGGGAGGGUGAGGAGGUGGGUGAGGAGGCUGAGGUGGGGGUUGGUGAGCAGGCUCAGGAGGCUGGAGGUGAGGAGGUGGGGUGCGGUGAGGAGGAGUGCAAGGAUGUCGAAGGUGAGAGCGCGGGAAUAGAGGCGACCACCCACAAGCCUUGCUUGCCAGCCCAGCUCAUUCCCGCACUCGCCAAGCCGCCUCUCCCACCGUCCCUCUCUGCCCACGUGGACGCGCUCUCUGCUGACCUGGACUCUGAGUCAGCAGCGGCUGUAGCGACGGCUGCAGCAGCGGUGUCAGCAGAGGUGGAGGAGAUGGGCGGCGGCUGUAGCACCAGCUGUAGCACAGCCAGCAGCCCAAGCCGCCUAGGUCUGGGUCUCAUGGGGGGCAUGAGCAUGAGCAGCACGGGCAGUGGCGGGGGGGUGCUGGGCGGAGGGAUGGGAAUGGGAAGCAGCCCUUUGAGUGUUACCGGUGGCGGGGACAGGGGCGGCAGUGGUGGUGGUGGUGGAGGAGGAGGAGCAGCGGGAGCAGCGGGAGAGGAAGGAGUCAGUACAGGGGCAACUGGGUCACAAGCACAGGGGCAGAGCGGGGGUGGGGGAGCGGGAAGCGGAGGCGGAGGCGGAGGGGGGGAGAGGGCGCUGUACACGGUGGGGCACUGGCUGAGGCAGGUGGAGAUGGCGGAGGCGGAAGGGCGCCUGCACGUGGCUCUGCGCCUCUUUGAACUCGCCGAGCGCUGCCACGCCCAGCCCGCCACUCUGCUGCGCGUUGCUCGCUCCCAGUUCAUGAGGCGACAUCGUCACUCCCUCUCCCUCUCCGCUGCUACUGCUUCUGCUGGUGCUGGCGGUGCUGCUGCUGCUAGUGGUGCUGGUGGUGGUGCUGGUGGUGGGAAUGGGGCUUUUGGUGCUGUUUCUGCUGGGGCGUCACCACUGCUUUCCCCGACUGCAUCACCGCUUCACACCGCCUUCCACCGCCCGUCAUCCUCCCCUCCUCGCUCCCCCCUCCCGCUCCCAUCCGCCAACCCCACAUUCUCCCCCCUCUCCUCCCCUCCUCGCUCCCCCCUCCCGCUCCCAUCCGCCAACCCCUCAUUCUCCCCCCUCUCCUCCCCUCCUCGCUCCCCUUCCCCACUACUUCCGCCCCCUUCCCUCUCCGUCGUCCCCCUGCCCGCACCCCCGUCCCUCUCCCCCUUCCCCACGCCCCCGCCCCCCUCCCUCUCCGCGUUCCACUGGCGGCAGCAGCCCACAGCAGGGGGCAGCGAGCGGGGCACAGCAGGGGCAGGCGGGCAGGCAGGCGGAAACGCCUCUAGCCUAGCCUCCUCUCCCCCGCACUCGCCCCUCGCUGCCACCACCCCCGGCUCCUCCCCGCGCUCCUCCUUCUCCCUCUCCCCUGCUGACGCCCUCCCAGCACUGCCCGAAUCGUUUGGGUUGCGUAGGGGUGGUGUGGGCAGGCGGUUGGUGUUUGAGAGUAGGGGAGAAGGGAGGCGUGAGGAGGAAGAGGAGAGAGGAGGGGUGUGUGAGGGAGAGGGGGAGGUAGGUUCGUCUGCAGCCUCGAGUGUUGUCGGGAACCAGUUGGGGCGUGAGAGUGAAGGGGAAGGGAGGCGAGCAGGGGAGAGAGGAGAGGAGGGGCAGAGGGAGGAGGACGUAGGCGCUUUUGCAGCUGGUGCUGCUGGGGAUGAUAGCAGUGGCAGCAGUAGUUGUGAUGACGAUGGUGGUGAUGAUGGGAGGAGAGAGGAGGGAGAGGGUUUGAGUAUGCAGGGCGAUGGAGCGAAGGGAGAGGAGACGAGGGAGAAUGGAGAGGGAUGGAGACGGGAGGAGGUGCAAACGAGGGAAGACGGAGGAGUGGAGAAGGGUGAGGGGAGUGUUGGGAGCGGUGUAGAGAGUGCAGGUGUGGAGAUGACUCAGACGAGGGGAGGAGAAAGGAGGGAGGGCUGGGAGGAGCAGGAGAGGGGCUGGGAAGAGCAGGAGAGGGGCUGGGAGCGUGCUGACCGGGUACAGGCAUGGGCGCAUGAGAACCUCCCUGGCCCGGCGCCAGAAGAAAACAGGAGCGGCAAGUCCCGAACCGGAGGCAGUGGCUCGUUCUCAGGCUCGGAAGCAGGCUUGGAGUUUCCACAGGGUAGUGGUGGGAACAGUGGCAGGGGAAGCAAGGGCAGUGGGAGGAGACACGGAGCCUUGGGCGAUCAGGCAAAGUGGGGAGUGAGAGAGGCGCGGGGCAGUGAGGCUGCUGCUGCUGCUGCUGCUGCUGCUGCUAGUGCUCGUGGCGCUGGCGUUAGUUCAAGUGGCUCUGACAGCAGUGCUACUGGUUUUAGUGCUGGCGCUUUGGGUGGGGUUGAGGCAAGCAGAGUGCAAGACGAGUCGAAUGGGAGGAUCACAGAGGAGCGAGAGGAAGAGCUGGAUGUACCAACGAAGGGUGGUGAGGGCGAGGAGGAAAGAGUGGAAGCGGGUGAGAGAACAGCGGAGAAGGAGCAAAACGGAGAGCGAAAGAUAGAAGGAAAGACGUGGGAGACUGAAGGGGACAGCGAUGAACCCAUACCAGGUCAAGCCACAGCCGCAGCAGCGACACCAGCAGCAGCAACAGAAGCAGCAACAGCAGCGGCGGUGGCAGGGAAAAGGGUGGCGGUGAGAGAGGGGAGUGUGCUGGCGAAGCUGAAGCGUGCCACUGCACAGCUGAGGCAGCUCAGGGAGAACUACCUGGGGGAGGGCCAACCUGGGGAGGCUCAACUGAAAGAUGAUCAAUAUGAUCAACAGGGGAAGGCUCAACUGAGGGAGGGUGCAGGUGAGGGUGCCACAGCAGCGGGAACAGAACUGGCUUCAGUGCAAACACGAGCAGCAGCAGGGCCACCUGCCAUGCCUGCACGGCCUUCCAUCCAGUCGUCCAUCCCCCUCUCCGCCUCUGCCUCCGCUGCUGCUGCGUCUGCCGCGGCUCGCCUUGCUGCUCGCACCAGCAGCGCCAGCGGCACCAACGCCAACCCUCUGGAGGCAAGAACCUUUGCUGCAGGAGGAGCAGGGGCAGGAGUAACACUCCCAUCAGCAGGGAUAAUAAAGCCCUUGGCCCCUGCCAUUGCUGCUUCCCAGGGAGGAGGCACCUCACUGCCAGGCAGUACUGCACCUUCUCUUGGCAGCACAGAAACUCUGGCAAGGAUCUCAAUCCCAGGCCUCACCGGCAGUGUGUUUUCUGACUCUGACGCUUCCCUUCUCGCCAGACCCAGUCCUGUCCCUGCUACUGCCGAAAUUACUCCUGCUUCCCCUGCCACAGCUCAUGCAGCUGGUGGUGCGAGCGGUGUGGGUGGUGGUGGUGGUGCGAGUGGUGGUGUUGGCAUCGGUGCCGGCAAGCCCCGCUCUCCCCCUCUCUCUUCCACCUCUUCUUGCCCCUUCUCGCUCUCGACCCCCUCCCGUGCCUUCAGAGCAGUGGCAGCACAAGGCGGCCAGAGAGAGAGCACACAUGCACACGCAGCCGCACAACCAGCACAAGUCACGCCAGUCCCCUCCUCCACCGCUCCUCACUCCUCCCCAGUUAGGACACGGACGCCCCUCUACCAUGCUCCCCAUUCCCCUCCCACUCGCCCCCGAUCUCCUAUUGCCUCCCGCUCUCCUCCUCCCUCUGCUCGCUCUCCUCCCCUCUCUGCUCACUCUCCUCCCCUCUCUGCCCGCUCUCCCCCUCUCUCUGCCCGCUCUCCUCCCCUCUCUGCUCGCUCUCCUCCCUCUGCUCGCUCUCCUCCCCUCUCUGCUCGCUCUCCCCAGCGCCAGCCACAGCAACAGCAGACGCAGCAGCAGCAGCAGCAGCAGCAGCAGCAGCAGCAGCGGCAGCAGCAGCAGCAGCAGCAGCAGCAGCAGCAGCAGCAGCAGCAGCAGCAGCAGCAGCAGCAGCAGCAGCAGCAGCAGCAGCAGCAGCAGCAGCAGCAGCAGCAGCAGCAGCAGCAGCAGCAGCAGCAGCAGCAGCAGCAGCAGCAGCAGGGUGGCACGAGGCAAGCUGACAGUAUGGCUGGACCUGAACCAGUCCGGACCAUUCAUGACUCUUCUGCUGAGGCAGGUGCAUCUGAGGCAGGUGUAUCUGAGGCCACAUGUGGGGUCGCAUAUGGGGUAGGCAUGCAUGAGGUUGGCACAUCUGGGGGAGGUGUAUCUGGGGGAGGCGCAGGUGCAGGUGCGGUGAAGCGAUCGUGGGGUGGGUGGACCAAGGGGUCCUCUGGUCAACAGAUGAGUCAACUGGAGUCAAUGGCGGAAGGGAUGGGUCAAUCGGAGUCAAGGAAUGGAGAGGCGAUUCAACCCAAGUCAACAUACCGAGCGACGAGUCAACUCCAGUCAACGGAGGGAGAAACGAGUCAACCCAACCCAUUAUAUGAGGAGACGAGUCAAUUCGAGUCAACACAUGGAGAUACGAGUCAACCCGAGUCAACGGAGAUGGAGACAAGUCAACCAAAGUCAGGAGCAGUGCAGCAGGGGGGUGGGAUCAGGAGGUAUGGGGGGAUAGGGAGAAACGGAGGUGGUGGUGUUGGUCGGUGUGGCGGAGUCGGGAGGUUCUCAGCCUCCUCUGCCACCCCUUCGGAGUCCUUCCUCAUCCGCCCCCCUUCCCUGGACCCCAAGGAUACUAUGCAUACCCAUAUGCACACCCAUAUGCACACCCACAUGCAUGCACCACACACACCACACACACCACACACACCACGCACACCCCGCACACCACCUGCACUCGGCUCUCCCCGUUCCUCGCACCCCCUCUCCCCUCGCACCCCGCUGCGAAACCUCUCCCCCUCUUCCUCUCAUCGCUCUCCACCAAUGGGAUCGCGCCACGUGGAGUCGCGGUACAUGGCAUCUGCCAUGGCAGCAGCAGCGCCGCCCGCAUCGCCCGCCAUAGCCAUGGCCAUGGGCGGCAGUCCAAGGGCGUACACCCACUCCAUGCGCGGAGCGGGCGGCAUGGGCGGCACAGGCAGCCCAUCAGACAGCACCCAGAGCUCUCUGCUGCUCCGAACCAGUGGCAGCUGCGGCAGCGGUGGCUUCGCCCUGCCUGCUGCUGCUGGCAGUGCUAGUGGUACAGGCAGUGGGGGUGGCGAGAGGAGGGGGAGGAGCAGGGAGCAGCAGAUGGCGGCGAUGGUGGAGAAGUGGCCUACGAGCCUGAGAGGCAGUGGUUCUGCUGCGGGUGUGGUGGGGCGAGUAGGGGAGACACAUAGGAGUGCAGGUGCCAGGGCACGGCCUGCCUGGGGCAGUGGGGGUGGGGCGAAGCCGGCUUGGGGCAGUGGUCCUGGGGCCAGGAGGUGA